CUCUAGUGACUUGUUCAAUGUUCUUAUCCUUUCGCCUCUGUUAAUCAUACGUGUCUGUCUCCCACUAUCGUCAGUUGCACGUACCAUGUGAUCUUCCACACGUGAUUACCCACUAAUUAGAUCCUCAAAACACAACCCUCCUCCCCAACACACUCCAUGAUUCAAUCACUGUUGCCUCCUCUACUGCCUAUGUAUUAUUUAUUACUACCUAAGCCUUAACUUAGGCUGAAUCUUGAUUUGAUUUGGUGCUUGCUUGUCUGGUCUUCACCUAAACUUUGAUGGGGUUAUGUUAUGUUAUGAAUAUUAAAAAUCUAGCUUGUGGGUGUUUCAUAUCUUCUUUAUAAAGGCAAAGUUUGAGGUGGAUUUGAAGAACUUUUCAGUUACUCAUCUCUUAUCUUCAAGGAUUAUUUUAUUAUAUAUUAUACAAUAUUGAAUAUUCCAGCUCAAGUGGUUUGUGGAUAUUGUUCUUUUUUAUUUAUGCUUUUGCAACCUUUAUUUAUUAUUCUUGAGUCGCUUUUGUUUCUCGAUUGGAAAAUUUCCUCUUUUCUUUUUUGCUAUUUUAACUGGUGGUCUUUAAAUUGGAGAGUGAGACAUGUGGGGAUCGGUUCUCUGAGUAGGAUUUAGGUUGGAUACCUCACACAAAGCAAAGUAGCAUCCAAGUUGGACAUCUUGAUAAGCUACAUGUUUGUUGGUCUACUUUGUCUGUGAUUUGAGGCUCUUAUCCCGUGCUGCUAUAGAUAUCUUUAUAUUUUGCAAAAAAUCCAGAUCCAACCUUUGUAUCUCAUAUCUGGGAUAUCAGUCUUCAUAUAUUUUAUUUUGGUAAGGAUCUUCAUUAGGAGAACCGUGAAGUUUUGAGGUCAACUUUGUGCUUUUUUAUUGGGUAUGAGAAACUUGUGGUGGAGAAGAUGCUCGGAGGUGUUAUAUGAGGUUUAAAGCUUUGUCUAUGCCAUGAAAAAUUUGAAGUGUUCAAUAUGGGUAGCAACAGGACUAUUGUUUGGUUUAGAAGGGACCUUAGAAUUGAGGACAAUCCUGCAUUAGCUGCUGCUGCCAGGGAGGGUUCUGUGUUACCUGUGUUUAUAUGGUGCCCUAAAGAGGAAGGACAAUUUUAUCCAGGAAGAGUGUCAAGGUGGUGGCUGAAGCAAUCUCUUGCUCACUUGGAUCAGUCACUGAAGUCUCUUGGAGCCAGACUUGUGCUCAUCAAAACCCACAGUACAGUCACAGCUCUUUUGGAGUGUAUAAAGGCCAUUCAAGCAACUAAAGUAGUGUUUAACCAUCUAUAUGAUCCAGUUUCACUUGUACGUGAUCACAACAUCAAAGAAAAACUAGUGGAACAAGGCCUAUCUGUGCAAAGCUACAAUGGGGAUCUCUUGUAUGAGCCAUGGGAAGUAUAUGGUGAGAGUGGACGUGCUUUUACUACCUUCAAUGCUUUUUGGAAGAAAUGCUUGCACAAGCAAAUGGAUAUUGUUUCAGUUGUUCCUCCAUGGCAAUUAAUUCCAGCUGAAGGAAAAAUUGGGGAAUGUUCACUGGAAGAACUAGGUCUUGAAAAUGAAUCAGAAAAACCAAGCAAUGCAUUACUAGGACGGGCAUGGUCGCCGGGUUGGAGAAAUGCUGACAAGGCUUUAACAGAAUUUGUGGAGCAGCAUCUACUUCACUACUCCGAGAGAAGGCUGAAGGUUGGUGGAGACUCCACGUCACUCUUGUCCCCAUAUCUUCAUUUUGGAGAACUGAGUGUGAGGAAAGUUUUUCAAGUUGCACGUAUGAAGCAAUUAUUAUGGACAAAUGAAGGCAACAGUGUUGGUGAAGAGAGUGUAAAUCUUUUUCUCAGGGCAAUUGGACUUAGAGAGUACUCGCGCUAUCUUUGUUUCAACUUUCCCUUCACCCAUGAGAGAGCACUUCUGGGGCACUUAAAGUAUUUUCCUUGGAAUGCUGACCCUGAUACCUUUAAGACUUGGAGACAAGGGAGGACUGGCUAUCCUUUGGUUGAUGCAGGAAUGAGAGAACUUUGGGCAACAGGAUGGAUACACAACAGAAUCAGAGUAAUAGUUUCCAGUUUUGCUGUGAAAAUGUUGCUUCUACCUUGGAAAUGGGGAAUGAAAUAUUUCUGGGACACACUUUUGGAUGCUGACCUUGAAAGUGAUAUCUUGGGUUGGCAGUAUAUCUCAGGAGGCUUACCAGAUGGUCACGAGCUUGAGCGCUUGGACAAUCCUGAGAUUCAAGGGGCUAAAUUUGAUCCAGAAGGUGAAUAUGUGAGGCAAUGGCUACCUGAGUUGGCAAGAAUGCCAACUGAGUGGAUCCAUCAUCCUUGGGAUGCACCGCUUAGUGUGCUUAGGGCAUCAGGAGUUGAGCUGGGUCAAAAUUAUCCGAUGCCAAUAAUUGAUGUAGAUUUGGCCAGAGAAAGACUCACUGAAGCUAUAUUCAAGAUGUGGGAAUAUGAGGCAGCAGCAAAGUCUGCUGGCUCUGAACCAAGGAGUGAAGUUGUUGUAGACAACACUAACAGUGUUGAAAACUUGGACACUCCUAAAGUUGUCAUUCUGGGAAAGACACCAUGUGCUACCAUUUCAGCUAAUGAUCAGAAGGUGCCAGCACUUCAGGAUUCCAAGAAUGAACUGCCUAGGCGGAAGAGACAAAAAUGUAUGGUAGAGGAGGGGCAGAACCAGGAUAACUCUCGAAAUCAUAACAAAGAUACAGGGGUGUCAAGCAUGGACCAAGACAUUUGCUCCACAGCUGAUUCUUCAUCAUGUAAGAAGCCGUGUACCAGUACAAGCACAUAUUCAUUUUCAGUUCCUCAACAGUGUUCCUCAUCUUCUAAUCUAAAAUGGCCAUGGCAAGAACAGAUUGACAUGGAGCAGAGUUCAAGCAAAGAUGGAGCUAUGUGAGGUUAACGUUCUCGUUCAAAAAAUCCAGUAGCAGCUACAUUUCUCAAGCGGAAAGAAAAUGGUGCCACCUUUAAGUGCUACAGGUUGUUUAGCCUAUGCUAUCCAUGCCUUUCUUUUCCGUGGCUAUAUUAUCAAUCAGUUGUGUAAUAGGUUGUGAAAUCCAACAAAAAGAACACGGAUUAAAACAAUAGCGAACAUUGUAUAUUAUUAACUUGUGCUGAUGGGCUGUUCCAUACGCAUUCAGACAAUCCCGUAAUUACAAACUAUAUAAACAAAUGCCCUACACAACAUAAUAUAUUCCUCUAAUAUCGCUUGCCUUUUA